UGUGCAGGAAUUCACAAAAAAACAUGGGGCAUGAUGAAGCUGUAGUUACUCAGAAUUCAGUAAAAGCUCCAUCACCACCCAAGGAUCAACCAGCUAUUUAUCCCUGCCUUGAUUGGUCGGCUAUGCAGGCAUAUUAUGGCCCAGGCGUUUUGCCACCAACAUUCUUUAACCCUGGAAUAGCAUCUGGUCAUGUACCCCCACCUUUCAUGUGGGGUCCGCAGAAUAUGCCACCAGCUGCAUUUGGAAAACCAUAUGCUGCAAUAUAUCCACAUGGUGGUGCUUUCCUGCAUCCCUUCAUGCCCCUAGUGGUAAACCCAUUGAGCGCAGAGCCAGCAAAGUCGGUAAACAGCAAGGACAACAGUUUGAGUAAGAAACUGAAGGAAAUUGAUGGAACUGCUAUAUCGACUGGCAGUGGUAACAGUGAGAAAACGAGUGGGGAUUACAGCCUAGAAGGAUCAAGUGACGGAAACAACCAAAAGGUGAGCGGAACGCCCAAGAAAAGGAGCUUGGACGAUAGGACUACAUCAGGUGAAACAUGUCGAGCUUCAGUGCCUAAUGAGAAACCAGGAGAACCAGGAAGAUUAGCAACCUUGUCCAACGUGCGCAUUACAGAUGCAGCAAUCAAACCGUGUGUGAGCACUGGUAGUGAUUUCAGAGUUAGUGUUGCGCCGUCAACCGAAUGGCAAGCUAAGGACGACAAGGAAUCAAAGCGUGAAAGGAGGAAGCAGUCAAAUAGGGAGUCUGCCCGACGUUCAAGGCUGAGGAAGCAGGUAAAACAUAGACAACUGGCUAGAAAAGUAGAGCAACUGACAGCAGAGAAUACAUCCCUGCGGAGCGAGAUUAACAAGCUAACGGAAAGCUCCCAGAAGCUGAGAAUGGAGAAUUCCGCUCUGAUGGAGAAGUUCGCGGACAGCGCAUCAGACGAAGAAGCCCAGGUAGCGGCCCCGGACCGCCAGGGGCGCCAGGCGGCCGCAGCGCCGCCGCCGGCCCGCGUGGUCAAGAACUUCCUCUCGAUGAUGGACGGCGCGGGCGCGUCGAGAGGAGGGCGCGUGGAGCACGGCGCGCCCAGGCUCCGCCAGCUGCUGGACUCCGGCCCUCUGGCGGCCGACGCCGUGGCCACGAGCUGAAGCUGAUCUCUUACCUUCCUGCUGAGCGCGCGCGCGCAUGUGGCCUGGCGAUUUUUUUGAAGAGCGCCCGAGCUGCCCCCGCGAGACUAGCGCACGCGUACGGAGUACGGACAACCAACCUGUAAAUUACGGUAGCUAGCUCCUAGCUGGUUGCGGCCGCUCUGAUGAGAUACGGAUGCCGCCUGGCCGUAUGUUUUUUCCCUUCUUUUCCUCUGAGCUUUUGACUUGAUGUCGUCUCAGUUGCUGCGUUGAUCCCAUCCGGGAAUCAACCGGUAUCAUGUAUUGUAGAUACUAAUAAUAACCAUCAGGACGUUUACCUCUGAACU